AUGGACGAAGAAGACCUCCCGCUCCUGAACGAGGAACCCGCGCGCCGCCGCCGCCGCCGCCGUAAGACGCAGACGUGCUGCGGCUGCUUCGCGUGGGACACGUGCAAGUGGAUCCUCUGGAUCGCCGCGGGCGCCGCGGGCGCGUGGAUCGUCUAUCAUCUCUACCUCCACUACUUCGGCGGAACGUCGGACUCGCACGCGGAGUUCACGCGCGUCAAGGCGAUGCGCUACGCCACGUUCGCGUCCGCGACGUACGCCCCGCUAAACGAGGUCAAAGCCUGGGAUUGCAAGGAGUGCGUCAAGAGCGACGUCGUCCCGCGCAACAUCACGGUCGUGGAGACGACGCCUCUCUUCGACGGGCGCGUCGACGUCUUCACGAUCACCCCGCUCGGCGAACCCUCGAAGCUCGUCGUCGCGUUCCGCGGCGAGACCACCGAGAGCGCCGCGGCGUGGAUGGGGAUCGAGCACGCGUUCGCGGAGGCGACGUUCGGGCCGCAGUACGCGAACGUCAAGGUGCGUUCUAUACACUGGUCCCCAUACGACCCCGUUCGCGUGGUGAACGCCGUUCCUUAA